AUGAAUUCAUAUGAAAAAGAUUCUCAGUGGGAUAUUACAAUAUCCUUUUCUUGGGGAGGAUGGCUUGAAAUGUAUUCAUUCGGUAUUGCACACGCUCUUGUCCAAUCUGGUAUGCUCACGCGCUGGGAAAAGGAAGGAAAACGCGUUCGUUUCGUAGGUGCUAGUACUGGGGCCCUUGUAGCGGUUUGUCUAGCCAUUGGUCAGCAUGAUUUUGAAGCGAUUUACAACUAUAUGGCAGAGUGUGCUUCCCAAUAUCGCUCUUCUUUCUGGUCCUUUACCCAUGCGGAAAAAUUUUUGAAAGACGCUAUCGCCAAGUUUGGCGAUAACCUGCAGGAUAUCGACCACAAUCCUCAGCUGCUCCGUCGUCUCGAAGAGGGUUCCCUAGAGGUAGUGCUCACGGAGUUACCGCGGCUGUCGCCUCGCUUGAUCAAUUCCUUCAAAACCUAUGAGGAUCUCCUGGAGGCACUCAACGCAAGCUUUUGCUUGGCACCGCUCGCAGGGGUGCCUGUUAAGCUGAGGAAAACAGGCAAGUGGGUUAUGGGUGGCGGCAUUAGCAACUUUACACCGCGCAUGUGUGAGCAGAACGUUUUAUCCGUUUCUGCAAUGUAUUUUCACGAUACGACUAUCCACCCAAGGAAAUUCGUCCCGUCAUGGUGGGUUUUAUUUCCACCGCCAGGUAGAAAAUACAAGUCUCUUUUCUGGAUGGGGUACAAUGAUAUGAUUGAAUUCCUUAUGUCUGACGGAAAGCUCUCUUCCAUUCAGGCUCAACUUUUGUUCAAGCCUCAUGUCAAUUUCAAGAUAUACGACACCUAUUUUGAGCUUUUCACCUCAUUUGCCCUAGAAUUUACCGUUUUGAUAUGGCUGCGUCCAGUCAUCUACAUAUGUAUUAUUGUAAACUUCUUCCUGUUGAUGAUGUGGCAUUUAUGUAAAAAUAUGACUAAUCAUAUCCGAAGGCUGUUUUAUAACAUAUACAUUAGUUUACAUAGUGCUAUUUAUCGGUGAAAUUCUUCCCUGUGUGGAAGCUUUUGAAUCGUAAUGGAGCAAA